CUCGUCUCUGGACAACACCGUCCCUCUCUGAUUUAAAUCUUCUGCUCUCACAGUUUCCUUCUGGGAUUAACAAAGUAUCUUUGAAUUUUAUCUCAUUUUCAAGCUGUUUUAUCUUUUAGGUUAAACAUGAGAAUCUCUGGGGACUGGUUUGUGGCUCUCUUAUGUCUUCUUGGUCUGGGGGUUGAGGUUCUGUGUGACUGCACAGUGCAGAACAUGCAAAUAAACGGUGGUACUUAUAAACUGACCAAGAACCUGAUGAAAGGCAGCAUGCUGGUCUACAGCUGUCCUGAAGGACAUUACCCAUAUCCCACUUUGACCCGCGUAUGUCAGCCUAAUGGAUUCUGGAGACCUGCACCCAAAAGAUUUUUAGAGCAGACGUGCAAACCCAUUGAAUGCCCAGACCCAUAUGCACUGGAGAAUGGAAACAUCUUCCCUCCUCAGGAGAGGUUCUAUGUGGGCAAUCAGACCACAUAUAAGUGUUUCACAGGAUUUAUGAUGCGGGGUUCAUCCAGCCGGAUCUGCUUACCAAACGGGAAAUGGAGCGGCUUGACUCCCAUCUGCAGCCGUGACUUUGAAAGCGUCUGCUCCGAUCCUGGUAUUCCACCUGGUGCCUCAAGAAUAGGAAAUUGGUUUGGGAAUAAUAGCAGAGUCAAAUAUACCUGCAAUGAAAACAUGUUCCUGGUGGGCUCCAGUGAAAGAGUUUGUCAAGAGAACGGCUGGUGGACGGGUCAGGAACCAGCGUGCUACUUCAAAUACACUUAUGAUACGCCACUGGAUGUAGCCCAAGCUUUUGGAAAACAAAUAGUAAACACCAUCUCUGUGACGGAGUCGCUGGAUGAACCACAAGAUGGAAGGAAGAUUAUCAUCUCCAGAAAUUGGGCACUCAACAUCUACAUUGCUGUGGACAUUUCUGAGAGCAUGGGCAAUGAAAGCAUUGUAAAUGCACGACAUGCUGUCAAAACACUCAUCAAAAAGAUGGCCAGAUUCGGUGUUUCAUCAAACUAUGAGAUUGUCCUUUUCUCCUCCCAAGUUUAUGAAGUUGCCAAUAUUCAAGAUUUUUAUGAUGGGAGAGAGGAUCUAAGAAAGAUCAUACAUGAUUGGGAAACAUUUGAAACAAGUGGCAAAACCUUUAACACAAACUUAAAUCUGGUUUUCCAAACUUUUGAGGAACGAAUGUCGUUUCUAAAGCAGCAAGCUGGAAUUGAGGGUUUUAAAAAACAUCGUCAUGUCCUGAUCCUGUUUUCAGACGGUGCUUUUAACGUGGGCAGUCUUCCCUUACCAGCUAUAGCGAGAAUAAAAGACAUGGUUUACAUGAGCGAUGAAUUCAGAGAGGAAUAUCUCGACAUUUUUGUUUUCGGUGUCGGGGAUGACAUCUUCGACGAUGACCUGCAGCGCCUCACUGUAGGAACAGGCGGCCAGCAUUACUUCCGGAUGAAAAACCUCUCUGGGUUAGAAGAGGCCUUUGAUCGCUUCAUUGAUGAAAAUGAAGUCGGAGAGUUGUGUGGUCUUUACCAAGAAUCUGACGCCACUCAGGACAAAGCCAGCAGCCUGAGAAGAUAUCCAUGGGUAGCAUUUGUGUUAAAAAAGACUCUUCCCAAGGGAAUGAGAUGCCUCGGCUCUCUGGUGUCACCUGACUUUGUGUUGACUGGUGCUGCCUGCCUCUUUUCUCUGGAACCCAAAGAUGUGGUUGUUGAAAUUGAUGACGGAUCACAUAGCAGAGAGAAAAAAGUACGAAAAUUCACGAUACACCCGAACUUUAAUCCGAGAGCAAAAGAGAGAGAAGGAGUUCCUCAAUUUUAUGACUAUGAUGUGGCUCUCAUCCGACUGGAGGAAUCUGUUCAAAUCUCAGCUUCCACGAGACCCAUUUGCAUACCUUGUACCCAAGGAACAAGCGAUGCUCUGAAGCUGGUUGGUAAAUCAACAUGCAAGCAACAAGAGGAGCUUUUGUUAAACAAACAUCUCGAAAGACUCAGUUUUCUGACCAAACAUCCGCCCUUAGUAGCUGAAAAAAUUGCCUUUGCCAAGCUUGGAGAGUGUAGAGACUCGUGCAUCCAAAAGGUGCUGAAUAUGUCACAGAUAACAGUUAAAGAUCCAAAGGUGGCUGUGACUGAUAACUUCCUGUGCACCGGUGGUUGGAAUAAACACAGAGAUCACAUUACUUGCGCAGGUGAUGGUGGAGGCGCUGUGUUCAAGACCUAUCAGCAUCGCACCAUACAGAUUGGAGUGGUCAGCUGGGGGACGCACAAUCUGUGCCACUAUCCACAUAGUCUGGUUGAGUCCAGUGCUGAGUCCAGAGAUUUUCACAUUAAUCUGUUUAAAAUGGUUCCUUUCCUUAAGUCUAUCCUUGGAGAUGACACUCAAGAGUACCUAUCACUUCAAUUUCUGGAAGAAUAAAAUAUUUUGUUCUGCGACAGCAUCCCCCUCUCUCUGUUAAAAACUAGUUUUCUGUCUGAAACUCAGAUCAUUUGUCUUAACUUUGUUUCUCUGUAUUUAGUAAAUGAAAACAGGUGUUAAAAAGUGUCAGAGUUGAACAAAAUGCAGAACCAUGUAAUAAAAGCUGUCAUGCGAUCAUUUUACUGAAU